AACCUUCAGGGAUUCAUCUUGUAUUCACUGAAUGAUCAGAAAACAGCUGAAGAAAAGUUUGAUGAAGUCAUGGAGUUGGACCCUAACAACAUCAUUGCAACUGGAAACCUGGCAGUUCUCUAUAGGCGCCAGUCCAAAUUGAAACUUUUCCAUGAAUUCAUACAGAAGUUGCAGAAGCUACUGUCUGACCGAGACCCUGUUUAUCUCGCUCGGGCGUAUGCUGAUCGCGCCCAUGCGAUUCGCCACUUUGAACAGGACGUUCGUCCUUUCAGUUACACGGCCUUCAUCAAGAAGGCAGUCGAGAUCGGAGCUGAGACCGACGUCCCAGAAAAGGCUGAAUGGAUUUUCGACUACGGCCUCGCUCUUUACCGCAGAGACAGUCAGCUAGUUGCAGGACAAGCAGCAAUGGCAGUGACAGAACCCAGCUUCAAGGAAGCCAUCGUGUGCUUUGCCUCGGUCACAGAAAUGGUGGAUGCUCCGCCGGCCUAUCGCGCCCUGUCUUGGGUGUUUAUGGGAAUUCUCUUACGGACCAAGACAUCAAGAUCCCUUGGACAGGCCUUACUCGAUACUACUCACCUCCAUUCAUAUACGUCUAUGGACUGUUAUGAGCAGGCAUUGUCACUGCAGCCUGAUCAUCACAUUGUGCUACGGCGAGUUGCCUCUGAACUAACCUUGAUGAAGCAGUUCGACCGUGCAGAGAAAAUGUUCCAAAAGUCAAUUGAAAAGGAAGCUUCGUGGUUCGGACAUCGCCACUUAGGUUUGCUGUACCUAGCUAUGUACGAGGAUGAUUAUGGUAAGGAUUCGAAAGUAACAUCGGAACAACAACUCAGUCUACUAGCGAAGGCUCAAGAGCAAUUUCAGACAGCACUGCAAUUCAAGCAGGUCCACGCAGAUCAUUCUGAUCUAGGUUACAUAGCCUUUCUCAGAGGUGAUUACGACACAGCCGUUCAAGAAUUCAGUCUUGCAGUGCGGUCUAGCCAUGACGACAAUUUCGACAUCGCCGAAACACACUCAAGGUGGGCACGGUGCCUCAAGAAAAUGGGCGAAGAAGAGGGCGCACUUCUGCAGCUUUCAGAAGUUCAGAAAGCCCAGAAGAGACUGCAAAAGCAGGUUGAGAUCUUACAAAAUAUCUUUACGCACAAUCACGGAAUCAACUGUUGUGGUUUUGAAUGCGACUUAUCACGAUUUGACUACUGCUCUUCCGAGCGACAAGGAUUCGUGAACAUUUUAUCCGAGAAUCAAUGUGCUUACAUCAAUCCUCUUUCACCUCUUCUGCACCGUCAACCCAGCUCGUACAAGUUUGAUUUCUUCGUCAGCUUCACCCACAUCGACCACAAAUGGACAGUCUCGUUCGUGAAGAGACUGGAAAAGGAUUUCGACGUCCGAGGUUGCAUUCGCUACCGUGAUUACGCGUACGGUGCGACCAUCGCAGAAAACAUCGCUGAGAACAUCGACGAAUCAUAUCGGAUAAUUUUGAUCUUGAGUCCCGAUUCGCUCAGGGAUCACUGGUGCCGUUAUGAGCUUCAGAGAGCGCACAUCGAAACCCUGAAGAGAAGAUGCAUCGUACCUGUACUGUUGCGGACGUGCAAACUCCCCCGAGAAGUGGAGAAUCUCACGCACAUCAAGUGUAACCGGGGCCAGUUUGCAUUGGAGGACUGGUAUCGGCUUCGAGAAACUCUUCGACAAGACGAGAAGAAGACCAAGAUGAACUUUGACAGUUGACUAUCUGUACCAACAUCUCAUACUGAGAUGGGAUCAGAAAUACAAUCUGGUUUUAAACGAAUUCCUGUCAAAUUGAAAAGGACGUUGCGCAAAUAUGUUAUGCAAUAACGUUGGUAACUUUCUCAAUUUCUUUGUCGAAUAGGUUAAAGAACAAUAAUUAGAAAAAUAUAGCAUCCUUGUAAUCAGAUAACCAUGACAAAAAAUAAUAAGCCAUUUUCCCAUAUUUUGACUGCGUAUGCGCAAGAAUCGCUUACCAGUUCACAAAUAUAGGCAACACACAAAAUAAAUAUAGUUUUCAAUCCACCAGUCAAUGAAGCGUCACUUUACUUUGCCACUACUUUUAGCAUGUUCAUCCAAGUCGUGAAAUCAUUUUGCCCGACCCCACCUCCCAAUCAAAUUCAAAAUUCAAAAUCAAUCUUUAUUCGACUCGUAUAAUGUAAAUUCGAAAAAACACACACCCUGUAUGAAUGGAGGUACUU